ACGCACUGAAUGGAAUUGUGGGACGGACAACAGAAAACAGCUGACUUUAUCACUCAUCAUCCAUUGUAUAUGAAAGUACAUAGACGCGUAUAAGUACAUUUUUUUCUCAUUGCAUUCCGUGCAUAUUGUUGUUGUGAAAAAAGAAGAAAAAGUUAUUUGUUUAAAAAAUAUUAAACAAAGCGCACCGAUUUCUGUGUGCCUCAAACGGAAAAAUUAAUUUACGCAUAAGCGUUAAGCGUUAUGGAUCAGGUGGCUCAUGUAGAAGCAUGCCGCCUGUGUGCAAAUUUCUAUGUGGCCGGUGGCGAAGUUGAAUUUGUGCAUAUCUUUGAGCCACUGGAUGGGCUGGAGGAGCAAAUGGAGUUUUUGCGCACACAAACGGUAGUGUGGCAGUUGCAGAUUGUAUCUAAUGAUGGUCUCCCGCAACGUAUUUGUGCCAAUUGUUUUGCACAAUUUUGCAAUAUAUACACAUUCCGCCAGCAAUGCGUGUUGGCACAACAAAAAUUGUUGCAAUCAUUUGUGGGCGUUGGUCUGGACAGUGAAAAUGUGGCGACUGCACCCGAACUCAAACAAACUAUAGUGCUUUCACAACAAGCGAGCGGUGGCGUUAGCGGCGGGCACGCUGAUUUGUCAAACGACAACGAGCUGUUGAAUAGCUUAAAAAUCGAUGCGCCAGUUACAAGUGCGGAGCUAAUGGCCAGCUUGGACUGUUUACAACCUCCGGCCACCACCAGCGCUGAUGUCAUUGCCAGUUUGGAUGGAUUGCAAUUGCCUGCUAGCGUGGCUGAGACUCUCUCGAUGCUCACCCAAGAACUGACUACAAUUCAAAAUGGUUCCGUGCUAGAUAACAGUACCAGUUCGAUAACCACGCAUGCUAUUAUGGACACGAAAACAGAACAAACGAAUGUCUUGCAGCUUGGGGCAGCUUCUUCGACACAAAAUAAUUAUUUUUCACAGCAAUCACCAAUUACAACAGUAUCAGCUGGCACCAAUACGCCCGUCACGUUAGUUAAGAAUUCGGGAAAAACAAUAACUGCUGUUAUUCCGCCGAAACGUAGCAAAGCGGCUGACAUUGACUUGGAGGAUAUGCUGCAAGGUAGCAUAAUACACAAGAAUUCCCAAGGGCAUGUAGCUGAGAAUACGUCGACCAAAGAAAAGACAGUCAGAGCUGCCAAACGCCGUGUCUCUACAUACGCAGAUACGUUGGAAGAUGAUGUGAGCUUAUUUUCAUGCUCCGACCAAGAUGAAUCCAACGAAAUAGAUGAUGUAGAAAACGAUGCGGACCCAGCUUCGCAAACGCGCAUCUCACGUAAUCCCUUCGCAUGUCAGUACUGCUACUGUCCAAAUUCCGGUUCCAUUGACCACUUGGUGUUUGACAGUUCUGAUUCGCUCUCACAGCAUUUCUUUGACAUACACGACCCCAAUUUACCCUACACUUGUCCAUACUGCCCGCAAAAGUAUAGCUCAGUCAGGCAACGUGACUAUCAUGUGCGUCUGAUACAUCCCACCGCAUCGAAGGCCGAGCAAUGUGACUAUUGCAAGAAGACGCUACGCUCGCCAAAAGAGCUGCAUGAGUUCAGUUGCCAAUUUCUAGGGGAUUGGCGUUGUGAGACGUGUGAGCAGCGCUUCUUCCAAGUGCCAUUAAGUCGUUUUCGCACGCAUCAGCGUAAUCACACCACGAGCAAAUUUAAAUGCCGUGAAUGUGAUCGCGAAUUCGUGCGGCGCGCUAAUUUGGAAGCGCAUGAGCGUAUGCAUCGGCCACGUGCGAACUAUCGGAAACAAUGCGAUCAAUGCCAGGAAGUAUUCAUGAGCGACUACGAGCUCCGACGUCACAAAUAUCAGGCGCAUAACGGUGAAUUGCCUGUUCGUUGCGAAUAUUGCCACAAAGGAUUCGUUAGCCUGGCCUUCCUCAGUCGACACUCUCAACACUUUCAUCCCGACAAGGUGGGCCACACCAUCUUCGCUGGAGCCACCUGCAAUAACUGCGGUUGCGCCUUCAGUUCGCAAAACAAAUUGCGUAUACAUUUACAACGACCGCGAGACGAGAAUGGUCGUUGUCUGGAAACGAUACACGAAGUGAUUCCUCCAACAGACAGAGCACGUCAGCUGCGACGGCAACGUCUUCAUUCCUGCUCGCACUGCAAUAAACGUUUCUCAACGCGGGCCACGCUCGAAAAGCACAUGAGCACGCAUAACAUGUCCAGCUUUGCGUGCACUGAAUGCGCAACUGUAUUCCAAAAUGGCAACGAGUUGAAGCGACACAUCAUGCUGGUACACAUUAAGCCGCGUUUCCUGAAAUGUGACCAGUGCGACAAGCGUUUCUGUUAUAUGCGCGAAUUGCAGCAGCAUCAGAAAGACCACGCCGAGGAGGGAGAAGUGCAAGACAAGACUUUGCUUUGCCCCAUAGCUAAAUGCCGUUUUGUCGCUUCGUGCAAACAAGAAGCCACCGAUCAUGCGUUGAACAAGCACAAACUUGUUUCCUGCGAGUAUUGUAAUAGUUCCUUUUCACGCAAUCGACUCUGGGCUCAUAUGCGCAGCAUGCAUGCCGUUGAAAUUGGGGCCGGUGAACCAAAUAAUAAUAAUAAUAGCGACAAAAACAACGCUACAUUGUCAUCUGACAGCCAGGAAACUGAAACGGAGGAGUCUUUAGCUGUGGCCAGCAUUCUCAACGACGACACCGUUCAGUUGAAUAAUAAUGACAUUAUGGUCUCAUUCGAAGAGGGCGCCGCUAACGGUGGUGAGAAGGUGCGCGUUGAAUUGGUCAAUCAACAGCCGACGAAUAUUAGCGGUUUGGUGCUGCAGGAGCAGACGACGGACAACACCUACAAAGAACUCAUUCCAACGUCUGAUGAAAUAGACGAGAAUUUCCUAAUGAAUAAUUUGCUAGAUCCAGAUCAUGAAAUCAUAGUUACAUGAUCGUCUUUAGACGACAUUUAUAUACGCAUAUAGUUCAGUGUUUAACUUACGUCACUAUUUUUUAACCAAGUAUAAUUUAUACAAAAAACAAAUGCUCCUUAAGUAUUCCGACAUUCAAAAAAGAUAACAGAAAAAUGUGACCUUAAAUUGAAAAAUCUCAUAGAAAUACGAUAGUAUUGGUUUGUUUGUACAUUUAUUUGACUAAAAUGAGUACAAUCUAAAAUUAUUUUUUUAUUAAAUUAAAAUUUAAAUAUUUUAAUUUUCAAAAAAAUUUAUAUGCUGAAUAUUGUGUAUUGCCAUGCUAAAGCAACGAAUGAAAAAAACAGAUUGAAUUAUGAAAUAUAUAUUUUAGUUAAGUAAAUUGCUUAUGAUUAGUUAUAGAAGCUUUGGAAAAGAACAAUUUUUUAAGAAAUAAAAGGCUCUGACCGAAUCGUAUUCCUUAUUAAAAAUUAAUAUUAUUAUUAUUUUUAUUAUUAUUGUUAUUAUUAUUAUUAUUAUUUUUAUUAUAAUUAUUAUUUUAGUUAUUAUUAUUAUUAUUAUUAAGCCAGUAAAGUAGCUGAUUCAUUAAACAACGCAAAUUUUGACAGUUUUGCGCUAAUCAUUCAUAGCCAGUUCUAAACCUCUAAUUUAAGAAAUUUCCUCUAUAUAAUAAAUAUAAAUAAAAAUAAAAAAUUUAUACAUUGUAAAAAUAUGGAAUAUACACCUGCCUAUUGCACGAAAACUAUACAUUUAUUGUGAAAUUUAUUUAACUGAUAAAUGUGCUAAAAAGCAUUUUCGAAAAAGAAAAAAUGGCUAUAUGGAAAAAAAAUAGUUCUUAGUUCAUGAGGCAUAUUGCAAAAGCAUUAAAUGUAGAAGUUCGAUAUUUCGAAUAUAUGUAUUUUUGUAGCGCAUCUUUGUAAAAAUAAGCGAAAAUUGAAUUUGUAGGUUAAACUAGGACCUUUUUAUCACGUAAAAUCGUGUCUUCAAGUAUAUAAAAAAAAAAAUAUUUAAAAAUUUCCAAUAAGGUCAUCAUAAAACUUCCAAACUAACUUUUGCGCAAUCGAAAUUAACUUCGAAAACUCGAACAUCAAUUUUUUUGCAUGUUUUUAGUUUUAAAUUUUUUAAAGCAGUAAUUG